CCACUCUAUCGUGGGAACUCGCGAUGGCGCUUGCGUAUGUCCAUUCGUGCGGUGUGCUGCAUACGGAUGUCAAGCCACAGAAUGUGUUGCUCUCAUACACGACUCCACCUGGUCGUGAUUCAGGCCUAACUUUAAACGCUGGCGCAGGGCCCGUGCAAGUGGAGUACUCUGCCCGCCUAGCAGACUUUGGCAGCGCCCUCCUCCUCCCACCGUUUACCGCCUCCUCCCCAACAGACGGACUUGGACUAGGCACCCCGGGGUACACCGCACCCGAACUCCUGCUUCCACCAGGGAGCUGCAGCUUCAGUUAUUCGGCAGACGUGUUCAGCCUCGGGGUCGUCCUCGGUGUUCUGCUCUUCGGAAGGGAACCGUACGCUCGUCUCGUAGGCAGGGGAAGAGGGAGACUGGAGAUGAUGCGCUGGGCGAAGAAGGGCGGGUAUUGGGCAUAUGAGGAGGGGGUAAGGCUCGCUUCUGUUGGUGAACUGGGACAGCCGCGAGGGGAGGACGAGGCUGGGGAAGAGGAGAGGGUGCCUAGGCUGGGAAGGAAUGAUCUCCUGGAGUUGCUCGCUAAUGAUGGGACUGAGCGGCAGGAAGAAGAGCUAGAGGAGCGGGAAGAUGUCGUCUGGCCUUCACCACCUGAACUGAAGCUUGACCCCUCCUCUUCAGAAGAUUCGCUUACACCUGGCGCCGCCAACGUUGAAGAGCGCAACAUACCCGAGCUUGUGCUUUCCCGUGUACCCCAUCAUCUAUCGGGCAAUCCGAUGGUCCCCCUGGGAGUGAAAGAGCCCAUCCCCCUGCCUUCACCGCCUAACUCUCCACCGAAAUCCGCUGCAAACGCCACCACCGCCCACGCGCAUACACGUACACGAACCUCCCUACACACACCUACCACCCAUUCCUCCCAGGGCGUUUUGUCUCCCCCACCACCACUUACGAGCCCUGCCACCCCCUCUGCGCCCUAUGCCGACGGCAGCCCCCCGAUCUUCUUCCUUGGCCCUUCAACCCUCACCGGUCAGCCAGAGCGCGCACCAGAUGCCCUCGUCAGCCUCGUCAAGCGCAUGUGUUCCCCUAAUUCAGAAGGGAGGCCCGAGAUGGACGAAGUUGUCAGCGUACUAGGCGCAUUGAGGGAGGCGUACUGUCUUGUCUGAUCAAGCACUUGAAGAGCUCGCCAAGAACAAGAGGGAAGCUUAUCCUCGCCGAUAUGCGGCGAAAUUUGGAUACCUGGCCGUCCAAGAUGCCUUACCCUAGCAAAACUCGUUCAGGCUACAUCUGUUGUAUAACCUUAUUCUGUUUAACAUCUGUUGUGGCGACAUUUUGUAUAUGUAAAUAUAAAAUGCAAGAGAUGCAGUCGUCACG